AUGCUCGCUAGCUCUCUUCUCAUCUUUACUUCAGCUGCUUUGGCUCUAGCCUCACCUGUUGAAUAUCAUGGCCGAAGUUUUAGCUGUGAAUAUGGAAAGCCUGUACCUGUGCUUCCUGUUAAUGGCGGUCCUUCCGAACUCCCCGCUCCUCCUCGAGAUGUAACUCUAAAGCACAUUGCCCUUGGGUUUGGUAUUCAGAAUUUUAGCUGCGCUGAGGCUGGUGUUACCCCUGCAGCCAUCGGUGCUUUGGCUGUGCUCUACGACGUUACCUGCCUCUAUCCAGGUCAAGCUCAUUCGUCUUUAAAAGCCAAGAAAUGGGCUUCUCUCCCUUCUGAUGUUCUUAAUACCAGAAAAGUCCCUCUGAAUCGCAAUGAUGACGGUGGUGCCUCGCUCACCAAUCCUUUCCCCAAGAAACAACCUCUCAAGGUUGAAGGUCUCCGCAAAAGCAUCCCCUACCUUGGUCGCCACUUCUUUAACGCUGCUGGUGUCCCCACUUUCGACCUCGACAAGGCCAGCCAGCUCUUCGUUGCUAAGAAGAUAGACGGUAUCAGGGCUCCCGCUUCUGCUCCCGCUGGCCCUGAAGGUACCGGCGCUGUUGAUUGGCUCUACCUGGGGGAUGCUGGUGGCAGCCAGGGCGUCUCCCUAGUCUACCGCGUCUUGACCGCAGGUGGUGCUUCUCACGGUUGCAAGGCCAAAGGCACCGACAGCACCUCUUACACCACUCUCUACUGGUUCUACGGUUAA